AUGGCUGCAUGCAAUGUUGAAGGUUCAUUUCAGAAACAGUUCACGAGAAUAUAUGAUUAUGCUCAUGAAUUAUUGAAAUCUAAUCCUGGAUCAACAGUGAUAUUAAAGGCAGACAGUGAAAAUGGUGAGACCAUAUUUCAGAGGUUCUAUGUUUGUUUAAAAGCUUGCAAGAAUAGCUUUGCCUCUUGUAGGCCAUUUAUUGGUUUGGAUGGAUGUUUUCUUAAAGGAAAGUACAAGGGGGAGAUAUUAACCGCUGUUGGUAGGGAUCCCAAUAAACAGAUGUUACCUAUAGCUUAUGCAAUUGUGGAGAAGGGUUUAAAAGAAACAAUGGCUGAACUUUUACCUGGGGCUGAGCAAAGAUUUUGCAUGAGACACCUAUAUGCAAAUUUCAGGAAAAAGUUUAGAGGGCAAACAUUGAAGAAUCUGAUGUGGAAGGCUACUACUAGUUACUACCCCGAAGCUUGGGAAAGAGAAAUGUUAAAAAUGAAAGAUGUGAAUGUAGAGGCUUACAAACACCUCAUUACUCUUCCCCCAAGUGUUAUUGUUGAUGCUCGAGGAAAGCCCAUUAUAACCAUGCUAGAGGAAAUUAGAGUUUACAUCAUGAAAAAAUGGGCAACGAACAAAAUCAAGAUGGCAAAUAUGGACUUUCAGAUUUGCACCAAGAUUAAAAAGAGGCUUGCAAAAGAAUCAAGAUUAUGUAAGAAUUGGAUCCCUAGUUGGUGUGGAGAGAAAUUGUUUGAAGUAAGGCAUUUUGCAAUGGUUACAAACAAGUAUGCUGUGAACCUCGACACUCAAGACUGUACCUGCAGGAAAUGGGUCGUUAGUGGCAUCCCUUGCUGCCAUGCAAUUGCAACAAUGACAUUCUUAAAUCUAAAUCCAGAAGACUUUGUCCCCAUUUGGUUCAGAAGGUCAACGUAUGAUGAAACCUAUGCGUCUAUCAUAUUUCCAGUGAAUGGGCACCUUCUUUGGGAAAGAACAUCCUACCCAGACGUCCUCCCACCAUUCAGAAGAAAGUUACCUGGCAGACCCAAGAAAAAGAGAAGGUUGGAGAGUUAG